AUGUCAGGUCAGUUGGUUCAAUGGAAAAGCUCCCCAGAUCGAGUUAUCCAAAGUGUUUCAACGGGAGCUCCACAUUCUCCCUCAACAGAUAGCGACAUGAACGAAACAAACGUUCCUGUUGAUGCGUUGGAAAACAAGGCUAAUGUCACGAACAUAGUCGACGGAAGUCCCAAAUCAAAUCCAAACCCUGUUAAAUUUAUGAAUACAAGUGACAUAUUCCAAAAAUCUUUGGGUUUACUCGACGAAAGUCCACAACAUGAUGAUGAGUUAAGUAUUGAGGUAGGAGAUAAUGGUCGACCGAAUACUAACAUAUCACACAACGAAAGAACUCCUGAUCUUGACCGGAUUGCCAACUUUUUCAAAAGUAAUCGAACCCCCGGCAAAGAAAAUCUCUUGACCAAAUACCAAAGCUCUGAUCUGGAAGAUACGCCUUUGAUGUCGAGAAAAAAGUUGAAUUUGCACACUACUACUAAUUCAUCGGAACAACAAACUUUCAAAAAGUUGAAGUCAAAUACUGAGUUUUAUUUUUAUAGAGAGCAAAAUGAUGGAGAGAAUAAUACGUCAUUAGAAGUUACAGAAGCGGAUGCCACUUUUGUACAGAUGGCUGAACAUUCUGUUGAUAAUUAUGACGGUGCACUUGAAGGAGUCGUUACACCCAAAAGAUAUAAAGACGAUCUAAUUCAAAGUGGAGGGGCGCGAGAUAGAGGGGUUCAAAAAACUGAAAUUACGACAUCAACAGGAUCACCUAAUUCAAUAAGUUCUUAUGACAAGAACGUAAUUACCGAGAAUGACUGGACCAUAAGAAAUGUAAACAAAGUUUUUGGCAAUAACGAAGAUGACACAAAGGCCACCGAGGAAGAAAAUGCAAUGAAAAAGAAAGGUGAGGACUGUUCAAAAGAUAAUAUCAGAGUACGAAAUAAUCAAAUAAUUCAAAGUAAUGAAUCGGAGGAGAUUAACGAAAUAGACAAGAAUCUGAACUUUUCGAGUCGAGAAAACGACGUGAACAACUCAUAUAUCGAUUUUGAGAAAAGUGCUGCGUCUGGCACUCCCUCACGCAACAAUGAAGAGGAAGAAAUGCCCUCCAUUGAGAGCGCAAGCAAUGGGGCACCAUCCAAGAGGUGGGUGUUCCGAUAUUCCAAAGACAAAACGGAGAAUAAUAGCAAUAGAUCCACGCAAGUAGUCAAUAAUCCGAGAACACAAGAAAUGCCCCCAGAUAGUGUUUCAAUUGAUACACAACCCUUAUCUAAAAGUUACAAUACUGAAGCAAAUAAUGAAUUGGAGACACAAAUAAUCGUUUCAUCACUUUCACAGGGCAUAUCUGCUCAAAGAGGACCUGAAUUUCAGUCUACUAGUCAAACAGAGGAAAUAAAAACCCAGAUAAUCAAUUCUCCUGAACAAAAUGCUCUGAAUGCGACCUUAGAAACUCCUGUUAAUCUUUCUCGAAUCAACUUUGAGCCCAUAUUAGAGGUUCCUGAGACUAGUUCGCCAUCUAAGAAUACGAUGUCAAAGCCCUCGAAUUCUUCGCCUAUUCCGAAGGAAAAGGACGCAUUUAAUGUGCAUGAGAAAGAAGAAGAAAUAAACAAUGUCUUCUCGAAUGAUAUUCAACAUUCUUCAAAUGCAGGUAUCGAGGAUGACAUUAUCAUAGCUGGUUCAUCCGAUUUUAAUGGGCAAAAGGAAAUAACCGAUAAAAUAUACCUACAACUCUCAGGAAAGCAAAGAUCUGAUUUAGGAAGUGAUGAAACAGAACGCAUGUCCCAAAAUGAGCUUGAUACAAAAAAGGAGAGUACAAUUAUGAGCGAGAUUGAACUAACUCAAGAGUUACCUGAAGUUGAAGAGCAACAAGAUUUUGAUGCUUCUCCAAAAGAGGUGAUAAACGAGGAAGUAACUCUGAUAGAGACAAGAAAAAGCAAGGCAGAGUCACUUCAAAUUCAUCCUGAUAACGCAGAAUACAACUCAGAUGAACCAGGCGGCACAGAAUCUUCGGAUGUGGUUUCGACUAAACAGGAAGGUAAGGGAAAGAACUCUGAACUUCAGAAAAAUCUCAUGCAGUUGUUUCCAAGUGAGUCACAAGAGAUCAUUCGGAACCGAAGAACGAUAAAGCGGCGUCAAAAGGAUACAAUAGAAAUUGGUGAGGAUGAGGAGAACAGAAGCGCUAAGGCAUCGCCCACAAAACGCUUCAAAAGAAGCUCAAAUUUUGAUACUGCUCCCAUCAAAAGGGAAGCGUCUUGCAGCAUCUCCAUACAAACAGGGGAUACAGGAUCUGACAAGGGUUCUAAAGAGCAGUCUUACGUGUUUCCUGAAAGCAUUAAAACGGAAGAUAAUAGUUUCUUAUCGAAGGAGAACAUAAUUUUUGGAAAUGCUGUAUGGUGUCAGUAUUCGUGGAAUUACAAAUUUUAUCCAGGUAUUCUACUGGAAGUUGACACUAAUCAAGAUGGUUGUUGGAUUUAUUUUGAAACAGGAAGGUCACUAACCAAAGGCGAGGACAUCUACUAUUUGGACAUCAGGGUAGGGGACGCAGUUACCUCUGAUGGAAAUGAGUACGUAGUGGUUGGUCUAGAAUGUCGUAGCCAUGAUCCCAAUACAAUAAGGUGUAUUCGAGGAUAUGAUACGGUUCAUUUGAAAAAGAAAAAUUCAAGCGGAUCGUUGGGGAAAAGAACCAUAAUCAAAGCUCUGAGCUCCAUUAGCCUUGACCUAAGCGAGUGGGCCAAAAGGGCAAAAAUAAUAUUGGAAGAUAAUGAAAAAACUAAAGGCGACGCAUACAGGUACUUGAGGCAUCCCAUUAGAGGAAGGAAGUCAAUGACCAACGUUCUGUCUCCGAAGAAACUCACUGAUGAUGAAAAAGGGAUGAACGCCCAUACUAGUGUGCAUAAUAACGAGCUGGAAUCGAGCUCCGAAAAGAAGGAAAUUAUUAAAAAGGAUACGAAGGACUCAUUAUCAGAGUAUGUGGGAGUUCCAGGCUUACUUUUUUCUUCCGGAGAAAUCAGAAAGGGGAAUGUAUUUGAUAAAUGUAUUUUUGUUUUGACAAGCUUAUUUGAAAAUAGGGAUGAACUGCGUCAGAUCAUUGAAUCGCAAGGCGGUACUGUGAUUGAGUCUGGAUUUUCCACUCUAUUUAAUUUCACUCAUCCACCAGCUAAGCCUCUAAUUAAUAAAGGGAAUUUAGAGAAUAUUCGGGAAUCAAUCAUGAAACUAAUCUGGAAACCUCAUUCCUUAUUUACCGAUUACAGGUUCGCUUGCCUGAUCACGAAACGACAUUUAAGAAGCUUAAAGUACUUAGAAACUUUGGCGUUGGGGUGGCCUACACUACAUUGGAAAUUUAUAAGUGCAUGCAUUGAAAAGAAAAGAAUAAUGCCAUACUUGAUAUACCAGUACUUAUUACCUUCGGGUGAGAGUUUCCGGUUAUCGUCAGAUUACCAAUCAAAGGGAGGAAUUAUCAAAUCUAACAACAUUUUCUCAUUUUAUACAGAAUUCUUACGGGGAUCUAAUUUAAGAGAUCAGAUAUGCGGAGUGAGAAAACUGCUACAUGACUACAUUGUUAUUAUAUGGGGUAGAUCUGAAUUGGACAGUUUUGUCAAAUUCGCUUUUGCUUGUUUGAGCGCAGGUAGAAUGCUUACAAUUGAUUUGCCCAAUAUCGAUGUGGAUAAUACGGAACCAUUAUUAAAUACUUUAGGCUCUUUAGUGCCCAGAAUAGGAUCAGCAUUGUCUGAUCAAAAAUUGAAGUUUCUCAUAUAUGUUAACGAAAAUAACGGUAAAUCCCAGAUGAGGCUUCUUGAAAAAUUGAGAAGUCAAGUAACUGUGAAAUUUAAAAACCUUGAUUAUAAAUUUCACACCGAAUCAAAAGAAUGGCUAAUCCAGACAAUAAUUAACGAGGAUACUGGUUUUCACGAUGAUGUUACGGAUAAUGAUAUAUAA